AUGAGCAGCAGAGGCAAACUCGUCAUCAUUCAGAUGGCAAAUUGCAUUACUGGUUUCUCGAUCAGUAACUGGCUGACGCUGGCUUUCUCCUUCGCACCGCGCGACGUCGCAUGGCGUUUUCCACUUGCCUUCCAGCUCUUCUUCACCUUCUGCAUCUACGCACUAUGUCCUUUUCUGCCAGACUCACCUCGUCUACUAAUUCGCAAAGGCAAGCACGAAGAAGCACUCGAAGUUCUGGCAGUCCUCGAGGGUCAUGGCGCCACUCCGGAAUCGGCAUCAGUACGCACACAGUACAACAUCAUCAAAGACAUUCUAGAUCGCGAGCACAUGAACACUUACACUUGGUGGCAACUGCUAUCUGGCAAGGGCCCAAGUGGCGUGCUAAGACGCAUGAUACUAGGCGCUUGGAUGCAGGCGAUGAACCAGAUUUCCGGGAUCAAUGUGACGAGCUACUAUAUGUCCUACAUCUUUAUCAACGCGUUGGGCAUCUCAGAGCUGCUCAGUCGAAUCUUAGCUGCCGCGGGAUCAGUGGACUAUCUAGUCUUUGCAUGUCUGGCCUACUUUGUGAUUGAAAGGUAUGGGCGACGCAAAGUCAUGAUGGUCUCUGCAGCGGCAUGUUCCACUUGUUGGAUCGUCAUCGCAAUUGCUCUGGGUUUCUCUGCCAACGGUGGCAAUGAGUACAAGCUUGGAAUUGUAGCAGUGUCAUUCUUCUUCGUCUUUUUCGCCAGCUUCGGCAUGGGAGUCCUCGGUGUACCAUGGUUGUACCCUACUGAGAUCAAUGCCCUCGAGAUGCGAACGAAAGGUGCCUCAUUGGCUAUGAGUACCAAUUGGAUCAUGAAUUACGCAGUCGUGCAAGUCACACUUCCUGGGAUCCAGAACAUCGGAUGGAAGUUUUGGAUCAUUUGGGCGGUGAUCUGUUUCUCGUUCAUUCCAAUCACAUAUUUCUUUUACCCAGAGACUGCGAAUCGUACCCUUGAGGACAUCGACCGUUUCUUCGAGACCAGCCCAGGCCUCUUCGUCCAUCGCAACAAGCUGGCCGUACAGCUGCACAGACCCGCUGAGUAUAUUGAGGCUGAUGAACGGAUUGCCAUUGCACAGGCUGAAGAGAGUAAGGAGGUUGGUGGAAAGAGCGAGUUUGCGGAGACGAAAGAGGCUGUUUAG